AUGAUUCAUCAACAAACUACGGGCAGUGAGGACGUUAUCAUCGUCGGGGCUGGCGUUGUCGGCCUCACGCUGGCUCACGGUCUCAAGGCGGUAAGAUCUGACCAAUUCACACUUUUGGAACAACGAUCUGAUAGCAAACAGGCAGGAAUCCCAUUCCAGAUAUUCGAACGUGAUGAGAAUGUGUCUGCUAGGGGGCAAGGCUGGGCGAUUACCAUCCACUGGGCAUUGCCAUACCUCCAGCAAAUGCUCAGCCCAGAAGUGUUAGAGGAUGUGGAUGGCGUCCAAGUCGAUCCCGCCGUGGGCCGCAAUGAUAAUGGCAAUUUCCUCUUCAUCAACCUAUCUGACUGCUCUACGAAGUUCCGGAUACCACCCUCGACAAGAAGGCGUGUGAAUCGCGAAAAGCUGCGCGCAGUGCUCUUGAAAGGUGUGGAAGAGCACGUCCACUGGUCCAAGCGGCUGACAAGAGUACGAGUUGCCUCACACGGUCGUGGCGUCGAGGCGGUAUUCGAAGACGGAUCCACUUAUUCCGGGGCGUUAGUUAUCGGUGCUGAAGGCAGUAAUUCAGCGGUCAGGAGAUAUCUGUCAGCCGAAGACUAUCGCAGUCGACAACUUCCCAUCCGAUUCGUAGGUUCCGGAAUCAACAUGACACCAGAACAAGUCAAACCACUGAGAUCCUUGGAUCCCUUGCUUUUCCAGGGCUGCCAUCCAGAUAGCUCUUGCUUUAUGUGGGUUUCGAUGCUUGAAGUUCCUGAGAUCAAUGGCACAGCCGGUACAGAGCAUGAACGAUAUCGAGUGCAGAUCAAUCUUUCUUGGCCAGUGAAAGGUCCAGAAGACGAGGUCAAGUCCGAAAACAGUGAGAGACUGAGGGAUAUGAGACGAAGGGCUGAUGUAUUUGCACCGAUUUUGAAAGACGCAGUCAAUGCAAUCCCGGGCGAUGCUGAAGUGCUUGAAAUAAAACUAGCCGACUGGCCGUGUCUACCAUGGGACAAUCAAGGCGGAAGAGUAACAUUGGUGGGUGACGCAGCACACGCGAUGACCAUGUAUCGAGGAGAAGCCGCGAAUCAUGGAAUGCUGGAUGCAUUCAAUUUGUGGCAGGCAUUGAAAUCUGUCUAUCACGAUGGCAAGCCCUUGGAGACAGCCAUUACAGCCUUUGAGGAAGAGAUGAGAACUCGAACGAGCCAUGCAGUUCAGAUGAGUCGGCAGGCAUGCUUCGAUGCCCAUGACUGGACCAGAUUGAACGAGAACUCGGCAAUUCUUACAAAGAGAGCUGUUGUGGCGACAUGA